CGUGCAGCAGGUGCCCCACGGACUCCCCCGACGCAGCGACGCAGCGACGCAGGUUGCAGCAGAGACGCGGCCAGAGAGUCGCCGGACGACGACGGCGAGGGCCUUGCCGACCUUGCGAGAGGCUGCGUGUCUUCUAGGCGGCGCAGAGGACAGUGAACUAUGAGGCAGCUCCCGUUGGCGCUGCUUGCGUGCGCGGCGUUCGCUGCCGCCACCGCGGCCGAGGGCGGCGCCGAGUUCGCCGUGCCCUGCAACGAUGACGGCGUGGCGCACAUCCCGGACCUCCCCGAGGGACACCGUCGACCCUACUCGGUGCGCAAGCGGUCCCGCACGGGGCACCGCGACCCGUCCGCGGGCUCCUCGGUGACGGAUGACACCCCGCAGCUGCCGCCGGGACAGCGGCGCUUCGACGCGGUGCUCCCCGACGAGCAGGGCCACGAUGUGGCGGCCAGCACUACGGCGCGCGGAGCUCGCCACCGCGGCCAGCGCCGACUCAGCGAGGACGACGCCAACGAGGUGGCCGCCAGCCCCGCGCUGCAGCGGCGCCCCGUCCGACGCCCGGUCCGCCCCAAGAAGGUGGCCGAGCUGAACGUCCCCGAGGCGGAGCACGACGCCAAGAGCGACGCCGUGGUGGAUUCGUACGAGGCGGUGCGGCGCUACCCCACGCACCUGCCCACCGAGGACGACCUCGACGACGACGGCAACCUGGAAAGCAACGACAUUGCCGGAGCGCCGACGCCCCUCCACGACCAGGUGGCCCAGGAGGACGUGCCCACCGCGUCCACGGAGCAGCGCGUCGAGGCCGACGCCGACCUGCCGCCGGGCUACCGCAGCAAGUUCCCCAAGCGCACGUUCGCGUCGGACGCGGGUGGCUCGGGCGACGUGCUCCGGGUGAAGCCCCGCAAGCACGCCAACCAGUACCAGCCGCCCCCGCAGCGCAACGAGCAAGGUGACGUCCACGAUGAGGCCCCCGCCACACCCCCUCCGCAGCGACGGCAACCCGCCUCGCGAUCUCGACCCACCGCACGCAGUGAAGAGGCCCACGAGGACGCCCCUGAGGCCCCCUUCGAGCCCAUCCCGGCGACCAGGGGCCCUCAGCGCUACAGGGCCAGCCACCGCGUCCGGCAGGGCAGCGACCAGCCGCAGCGCAGCCAGCCGGCCCGGCGCCGCCCGGACCCCGUGCGAGCUAGCACUGGUGCUGGAGCCAGCGAGGACGUCGCAGGCGCGGUCCCGAGCCGCCAGCCCCAGCAGGAAGAGGAGCAUGUCUCCGUGUCCGAACAGCGGCCUUUACGUCGACGGCUUCGUCCCAGGCCCGUGACAGACGCGCCUGACGACAACCUCAUCCCGGACGACGCGGUCCCUUCCACCCCCGCCACUGCGCCUCAGGAAGCGCAGGACCUCGAGGCCCUCCAGCCCGUCCAGCCACAGCGGCGGCCCCUCCGCAGGCGUCUACGGCCCAGGCCUGUGCCCGUGGAGGACGCGCAGGAUGUCAGCGAGGUGCCGAGGCGAACGCCACCACCUCAGCGGAGGAGGCGGCCGCAGGCUCCAGCCAGAACCGUGUCCGAAGAGUCCCUCUCGGUGCAGAGCAGUCCGGACCAACAGCGGCCACGAGGACACGGCAGACGGUUGUCGCCAGCACCCCCCACUCAAAACCUGCCCCAGGUUGAGGUUGAGCACGAUGGCACAGCACAGGACAUCAAAACCGAGCCGACGCUCGUGCGGACAGCUGUGAAGAAGGUACCGGCUGGCAGUCAUGGAGGCGAGCCAAGUCCUGCUCUCAUCCAAAAGAUUGUGAAGAACACCCUAAGGAGACUUCAGCCCCAGAUUGCAGAGCAUGAGGGUGAUGUUGGUGUAGACAUCCUAGUUAAAAUUAUUGAGGUUGAAGAUCGUUAACAAUUAAGUUAGUUCUCAAUUAUCUGUACAUGGGUAUUCUGCUCAGCUUUGUUAUCUUCAUUCAUUGAGAGAAUUAAGGCUUACCGCUAUUUUCAUAAAUUAAUUUUUGAAACUCGUUGGUGAUUGAAAAUCAAAUCCUUUCAAAUGAACAGUAAGAAUGGUACCAUAAUAGAUUUUUGAGUUCAUGUUGAAUCACAGUCAAUUAUCGCACUUUUGUUUGUUAUCUAGUCUCUUGAUUGCAUGUAAAACUGAAGAGUACAAAAGAAAUUAGUUGCAAUACAAAGAAAGGCUGCUAGUUCUCUAAUCAAAUCCUUUAUGUCCCACACAUUGGAUUAAUAAAAAAUCACACAUAGUAAAAAAUAAGAGUUUAUUAAAAUAA